AUGUGUUUCAGCUUCGUUGCGACGGUGAUUCUGUUUCUGGCGGCUGCGAUGGCCAGCUUCUUGGUAGCCGAAGCGAUGUGGGUGGCCGGGACAUCAGCGCUGAAGGAAGAAUGGACAGCUGCUGAGGAAGAAGAAGAAGCCGUCGUCGUGAUGAUGAUGAUGACGUCACUCGGUGGUGGUGGUGGAGGAGGCGGAGGAGGUGGUGGUGGCCUUGGUGGUGGAGGGAGAUUCGUGACUUAUCCACCGCCUCUUUCGGUGCCUCCGUCGGCUCCUCAGUCACCUAACUUCUCUGGUGGUCUCCGAUCACAGCCUUCUUUCCUCGUUGAGCAGGAGAAGUAUCUUUCCGAGUUACUUGCAGAGCGUCACAAGCUUACUCCAUUCUUGCCCGUGCUUCCACAUGUCUGCCGGCUAAUGAACCAAGAAAUUUUGCGUGUAACCACGCUAUUGGAGAAUGCCUUAAGUCAGAGUAGGUUUGAUCACCCUAGCCCUCUGGCUUCUGGAGGGAUAUUUCAGAACGCAAGAGCUGACAUGAACGGAUGGCCCUCACAAUUUCCAUCAGAAAGAUCUGUAUCAUCAUCUCCAGCACCAAACUGGCUAAACUCUCCUGGUAGCUCGUCUGGUCUCAUUGUCAAGAGAACAAUCAGAGUGGAUAUUCCAGUCGACAAAUACCCAAACUACAAUUUUGUGGGUCGCCUCUUGGGUCCUAGAGGAAACUCCCUCAAACGAGUUGAAGCUAGUACUGACUGCCGAGUUCUGAUAAGGGGCAGAGGCAGCAUUAAAGAUCCAAUUAAGGAGGAUAUGAUGAGAGGGAAACCAGGGUAUGAGCACCUCAAUGAACAGCUUCACAUCUUAGUCGAGGCAGAGUUACCCAUUGAGAUAGUGGAUGCACGUCUCAUGCAAGCUCGUGAAAUACUCGACGAUCUACUUACUCCAGUGGAGGAAACGCAUGAUUUCUACAAGAAACAGCAGCUCAGGGAAUUGGCUCUUCUCAACGGUAGUCUCCGAGAAGAAGGGUCACCAAUGUCUGGUUCCGUCUCUCCUUACAAUAGCCUCGGCAUGAAGAGAGCCAAGACAAGGGGCUGA